AUGUCGUCAGCGGCAGGAGAAAAACGCAAGUUUGAACAAGAAUCAUCCAGCAGAAAAAGAAUCGCCUUGGAUAAAGGCAGCCAAUUAAAUUCGCCAGCACGUCAAAGUGGUGUAGAUUUCAGUAAUUCUGAAGGAAUUAGCAAUAAAGGACCAGAAUAUUGGAUGAUACAAUGGAGAGCACCCCAGUACAAAAAGCACAAAACUUGGGAUGGGGAUGCUGUGCUGGUACUGAACGGCAUAAAGGGCACACUGUACGACUUGGAAGGCAAAUUCAUGGGUGCUGGUAGCCUGAAUGCCCCAAAAGCUGUGGAGGGAGGAGAAUACACUUUGGGUGGGAAAGAAAUUGGGAUAGACCAUGCCAUAUCUCGAGCGGACUACUUCUCAGGGUCAUGCUUUGGUCGGGGAGCUGUCAUAUCGUCGAUACAGCCCCAACCGAGCUCGUCUAAACCUUCCAAACAGUUUACACCAUUAAAGCCUGGUGGGUUGGGUACUCCGUAUAAAACACCACUCGUUGGCAAGAAAGGUAUACCUCUCCAUCCUGUUGAUCUUGUCUCUACAAAGUCAAGUUCCACGAAAACUCAAGGCCAGAGCUCACACUGGACAGCCAACUGGCGUAAACCCCAAGCCAAGAAACACAAGACGUGGGAUGGUGAUGCAUUUGUUAGCUUUGCAGGCGAGAAGUUGACUGUAAUAUCUGACCGCGGAAAAAUCCUUGGCCAUAGGGAUUGGGACGGUCUCCCGUUAUACAGUGGUUAUAGCUUCAGGGCAGGUGGGAAAGAGAUCGAGCUUGAUUCUCAAGUAAAUGCUUCGCAGAUGCCUGCCAUUACCGGAACUAUGGUGACUGAAGCCGAACACGACGUUCCGGAAAGUUCACAACUUUCAUCAAAUCCUGCCUUCUCAUUUCGGGUAGCGAAUACGACCGUGAAAAAUGAAAAUGAAUCAGACGACAUUGCCAAUGUGGAGCCCUCAAAAGGCUUCGUGCCUCCCACGUCAUUCUAUGGGCAGGCGCCAAAGAAGUUGAAACUGCAAGGGCCGUUGCAUGACCCUGAAGUUGAGGGUGCUAUAGUUAUGAAAGCUCCAACCAAAGAGCACUCGAACAAGUAUAAUAAAAAGAAUCUACCCAUUGUCCCGGUAGUACUAGAUCCUAUCAUCGCGCGAUACCUGAGACCCCAUCAAGUAGAAGGCGUUAGGUUCCUCUACGAUUGCGUCAUGGGAUUGCGGAAACAUGAAGGCCAAGGAUGUAUUCUUGCUGACGAAAUGGGGUUAGGAAAGACGCUACAGACGAUUAUGCUUGUGUGGACUCUUCUGAAACAAAAUCCAUAUGCGGGUGUUGGGCCUGUUAUCGGCAAGGCUUUGAUCGUCUGCCCAGUUUCUUUAGUCAAUAACUGGCGUGCUGAGUUUCAUAAAUGGCUUGGUAGGGAUCGCGUAGGCGUCUUUACAGGGGACAAAGAUAAGGCGGUCAUCAAACAAUUUAUCAAUUCGUGCGUCAAAUUACUACUUUGGCUUUCGCCGAUAAAAAACCGAAGGGCGCAUUACAGGAGAAUUCACCAGGUAUUGAUUAUUGGAUACGAGCGUUUGCGGACGGUCAUUGCUGACCUGGCUUACUGCAACCCACCCAUUGGACUUAUUAUAUGCGAUGAAGGACAUCGAUUAAAGUCCGCCAACAAUAAGACGUCAACUAUGUUCAGAGCCCUUCGAACGCCGCGACGGAUUAUUCUCUCCGGGACUCCAAUACAAAACGAUCUGAGCGAAUUUCAUGCCAUGGUGAGAUUUAUUUUCUCCUCGGAAUUCUUUUUACUAGACAAGGCGCAGGCAGAUUUCUGCAAUCCUGGACUCCUCGACGAUUAUACAACGUUCCGUCGGGUCUAUGAGGUGCCAAUCCUCAGAAGCCGUGCUCCUGACUGCACGGAUAAGGACACUGAAAUCGGAGAAGCUCGCUCUUCACAGCUGUCUACCAUUGCGAAGAGCUUUGUUCUGAGGCGUGAAGCUACAAUUCUUAAGAAUUACCUUCCACCUAAACAUGAAUAUGUCGUCUUCGUGACGCCCACGCGGUUACAGCUCUCCAUCUUCUCUACCAUCCUUAACGCGGACAAGUUGGACAAUAUUAUACAGAGCUCAACAGCCGAAUCACUUGCCUUGAUCAAUGUACUAACGAAAGUUAGUAAUAGCCCCAUACUGCUGAAGGCCACAGCCGACAAGGCAAAGGCAUUGGGAAAUAAUUCAUUCAAACAACGUGGAAUCGAAGAGGCAUUGAAGUUACUUCCUGGGCACGCACAAAUAGAAGACUUCUCCCUUAGUGGAAAACUGUCGGCGUUGUCAAACCUCCUUAAGACCAUUCGAGAGUAUACGGACGAAAAAUGUAUAAUUGUUUCUCAUUACACUUCUACCCUGAAUAUCAUCGAAGCGUUCUGUAUGAAGAAAUCAUAUACAUACUUUCGUCUUGACGGACAAACGCCUGCAGCCAAGAGGCAGGAAUAUGUGAACAUAUUCAACAAAUCAUCUCAAUACAGUCGUUUCCUAUUUCUGCUAAGCUCCAAAGCCGGUGGUGUCGGGCUCAACUUGAUCGGUGCUUCAAGGUUAUGCUUGAUUGAUUCAGAUUGGAAUCCGAGUCAUGAUCUGCAAUCUAUGGCAAGGAUACAUCGUGAUGGUCAAAAGCGCCCAGUUUUCAUCUACCGAUUCCUCACGGCAGAAAAAAUCUAUCAGCGCCAGGUGACUAAGAUCGGGCUGAGUAAUUCUCUCAUGGGUUCUGGAACUUCAGGGUCCAAAUCAGACUCAUUUUCUCGAAAAGAUCUUCGAGAUAUUUUCCGUAUUCAUCCAAACACAGCUUGUAAUACACACGAUCUUCUCGAAUGUCCAUGUGGUACCAGCAACAAAGAGGUUCUCACGGAAGUUAGAAACACGAUCGACUGUUCACAAGCUGGCGAUCUGGGUGAAGAUAGUGGAUCCGAAAUGGGUUUUGUCACUGCCUCCCAGGUCAAACCAGAGAAGUUGGACAAGAUGGAUAAGGCGUAUCUCAGAAAGAAGAAAGCCGAAUUAGCUGCGCUUGGGGAGUGGAAACAUGUCAACUGUUUGCGUUCGUUGGCUCGAGAUGAUAUUCGUGAUGAUAUCCUCCGCAGGCUCAUCUAUACUUUGGAGCCUGAGGACAUGGACAAGAACGAAGAAUACAUAAAGCAACAGACAAGGCUCGAUUCGCUCCUCUCAGCUGUUGAUAUAGAUAAUGUCACGGCACUGGAGAAGGAAACAGCGGAGCUGACUGUCAGAGAUGUCCCGGGGGGAACCGUAUCCUUCCUCUUUGAAAAGACUUCGACCUCAAAACUGGACGAUGGUGGUGCAGACUUCCAGGAACCCGAGGGGGCAAAUGCGUGA